GUGCUCUAAACGCAACGAAACAAUGGUCUGGUUGGCCUAGGAAAAUUUGAAAAUCCGAUAGAAUUCAGGAGUUCCGGUGUUUAUUUACUUGUUAUUACAAGUGUUUCACCUGCUUAUUACAAGCUUUAAGAGGCAAGAGUAGCGAAACCAUUUAUGGCUGGAUUGGAGGAACUAAGAAAAAAGCUUGCGCCAUUGUUUGAUGCCGAAAAGGGCUUCUCACCCGGCUCGACGUUGGACCCUUGUGAUUCCUAUACGCUAUCGGACGGUGGGACUGUUAAUUUAUUGAGCAGAUCCUAUGGAGUGUACAACAUUAACGAGCUGGGGUUGCAAAAGUGCACGUCUUUGCCGCUGGUGGACGAGACAGACAGAAGUGAGAAGACGUACCGGUGUGCUUCACAUGAGAUGAGGAUAUUUGGAGCCAUAGGUAGUGGAGCAAGCAGUGUUGUUCAGAGAGCUAUACAUAUUCCUAGUCAUAGGAUUUUAGCCCUGAAGAAGAUCAAUAUCUUUGAGAAGGAGAAAAGGCAACAGCUUCUCACUGAGAUACGGACAUUGUGCGAAGCUCCUUGCUAUCAGGGUCUUGUGGAAUUCCACGGGGCAUUUUAUACUCCAGACUCUGGGCAAAUAAGCAUAGCUUUGGAAUACAUGGAUGGAGGGUCUUUGGCAGAUAUCUUAAGAUUGCAGAAAAGAAUACCUGAACCUGUCCUUUCAUCUAUGUUUCAGAAGCUCCUUAAUGGGUUAAACUACCUGCAUGGUAUUAGACAUUUAGUUCACAGAGACAUCAAGCCGGCAAAUUUACUUGUGAAUCUGAAGGGGGAGCCAAAAAUAACGGACUUUGGCAUAAGUGCUGGCUUAGAGAAUUCAAUGGCAAUGUGUGCUACUUUUGUUGGAACUGUUACAUACAUGUCACCUGAGCGAAUUCGAAAUGAAAGUUAUUCUUAUCCAGCCGAUAUUUGGAGCCUUGGCCUUGCUCUAUUCGAAUGUGGUACAGGAGAAUUCCCAUAUUCAGCUAAUGAAGGACCUGUCAAUCUUAUGUUACAGAUCUUGGAGGACCCAUCACCGUCACCAUCAAAAUUAAAUUUUUCACCCGAGUUCUGCUCAUUUAUCAAUGCUUGCUUGCAGAAGGAUGCGGAUGCUAGGCCCACAGCAGAGCAGCUUCUUUCACACCCUUUUAUUACAAAGUAUGAUCAUGCUGAAGUGGAUUUAGCAGAAUUUGUCCAAAGCGUUUUUGAUCCAACACAAAGAAUGAAGGAUUUGGCAGACAUGCUGACGAUACAUUAUUACCUACUCUUUGAUGGAUCUGAUGAACAGUGGCAGCAUAUAAAGACCUUAUAUAAAGAAGGUUCAACUUUUAGUUUCUCUGGGAAGAACUCUGUUGGCCCAAAUGAUAUCUUUACAACUCUUUCAAGUAUCCGGACUACAUUAGCCGGUGACUGGCCUGCUGAAAAACUUGUGCAUGUCGUGGAAAAACUUCAGUGCCGUGCUCAUGGGCAAGAUGGAGUUGCCAUUAGGGUAUCCGGAUCCUUCAUUAUUGGGAAUCAGUUUCUUAUUUGUGGAGAUGGCAUACAAGUAGAGGGUUUGCCAAAUUUUAAAGAUCUAUCUGUCGAUUUAUCUAGCAAGCGAAUGGGAACAUUCCAUGAACAGUUCAUCGUGGAACCAAGUAAUCCCAUUGGCCGUUACUACAUAGCUAAGCAGGAGCUGUAUAUAUCCAGUAGAGAAAACUAACAGUGAAGAUCUUCCUCCCAGUCGCAUGACAAGGCCACAAGCUAGCAUUGAACUUCUGACAGGAUAGAUGAUGACGAUUGCUGAGGGGUUGAGGAACCCGAAAAUAGGAACCGGGAAAAUGUUUACCGUUUAUGACCGCUCGCUUUUAUUUUUAUGUGUAUACUGGGCUAAAGUCAUGAUUUAAAUGGUUAGACCCAGUAUUUGUAAAUUGUAGGCAACACCUCGCAACUCACUGUUUUGCUACCAGGAAUUAUUAAAAAAAAAAAAACUAUUUUACACUAUAAAUUCUUGCAUGUGAAUGAGCUACGUAGAUUUUGAUAA